UGUUUAAGGAACUGAACACGGAUGAUGAUCUACAACACGGAAGUACAAUAGUUACGGAGAUUGCCAAACUAGCAGAAAAUCACAAGAUUGGUCCCUCCAUUAAAUAUGUUUUCGCUAGGGAAGGUGACAAGUAGCGAAAUCUAUCGACAACGUCAGUAAAUUGGCAACACUGACUUCUUUACUCAGAACACGAAGAAGAGCUGCGAAGAAACGCUGCGUAGUUUGGGUGAAGACGGAAGACAGAGAGCUACUUUUCUAUAUUUCGUAGCUUACCCCUGACUUUCAGUGUCAACUUUUCUGACGUUCCAAACCAGGUGUCCUGUGCAUGCCUUUCAGAGACUGUGAAAAUGGGUAUUCAAGAUUCAGACCAACACUUCGUGUUACUCGGCAAGGUCGGAGCUGGAAAGAGUGCUUCUGGAAACACUAUUCUUGGGCGCAAAGAUUUCAAAUCGAGAAAAUCGGCUAAAGGUGUGACACGAGAAUGUACAACAGCAACUGCUAACUAUGGAGAACUAAAUGUUGUGGUGCUUGACACCCCUGGAUUUUGUGAUCCAGAUUAUUCUGAUGAAAAGAUUGAGGAGAAAAUAAGACAGGAGGUCCUCAACCUGCUUCCACAUAGACACCAGGUGUUCCUUCUGGUGUUGAAAAUCGACAGGUUUACCGCAGAGGAGCGGAAAACUGUCAAAAGAAUUGAAAGUCUACUCGGUGAGGAGCGUCUGAAACGAACAUGGAUCCUGUUUACUAGAGGUGAUGAACUGGAACACCAAACAAUACAAGAUUACAUUUCUGAGUCUGAAGGCCUCAAACAAGUGAUGAGAAAAUACAAGAGAAGAUACCAUGUGUUCAACAAUAAGAGUGGUCCUGAAAACCAGGUUAGAUUGCUGCUGGAAAAAGUUAGGCCUUCCUAUCCUGAUGUAGGACCGCCAAGGAUUUCCCCCACUCCUGAUAAUAACCUUCCAGAGAGGAGGCUGAUUCUGCUUGGAAAGUGUGGUGUGGGAAAGAGUGCAACAGGAAACACCAUCCUCGGUGGAAACACCAUCCUCGGUGGAGAGUAUUUCAAAUCUGAGAUGGGUAUGUCUGCUGUAACACAGACAACUCAAGUUGAGCGGGCUGCAGUAAACGGAAAAAAUGUCUGUGUGGUUGACACCCCAGGACUGUUUGACACAAGUCUCUCUGGGAAAGAACAGAUGUUGGAGAUUGUCAAGAGCAUCUAUGUGUGUGCCCCAGGGCCUCAUGCCUUUCUCAUAGUCAUGCCAGUCAAUAACCGAUUCACAGAGCAUGAGAAACGCAUGAUUGAAAACUAUCAAGCACUGUUUGGACCACGUCUGGCAGACCAUGCCAUCAUCCUCUUCACCCACGGAGACCUGCUGGAGGGUAAGACUGUAGAACAACUAAUCAAAGAGAGCAAAGAUUUUACUAAACUAAUUGAACAGUGUGGUAGAAGGUAUCAACUGUUCAACAAUAAAGAUGCAAGCAACAGAGUCCAAGUCCAACAGCUGAUGGACAAGAUAGAGAACAUGAUGGAGAGAAGUGGAGGGUCCUGUUAUACCAGUGAGAUGUUUCAGGCUGCAUUCAUGGCUGCUGAGGAGGAAAAGAGGGAGGAAGAGGAGAGAGAACGCAGAGAAGAGGAACGAAAAGAAAGCGAGCUUACAAGAAUAGUAAAAGAAACUGAAGAAAGAUGCAGAUCUGAAUAUGAAAGGGAGAGAGCACACAGGGAGGCUGAGGAGAGAGAACAGGGGGAGGCUGAGGAGAGAGAACAGUGGGAGGCUGAGGAGAGAGAACAGGGGGAGGCUGAGGAGAGAGAACAGGGGGAGGCUGUACACACAGAGAGAAAAGAUGGAGGUUUUUGGAAGUUUUGGAGUACAGUUAAAGCCCUUUUCCAAAUAAUUUGGAAACACUUAAGUAAACACUUCAGUAAAUCAGAUGAUUCUGAUAUAUCAGAAUCAUCUGAUUUACAGCCCUUGUUAGAAAAGGAUAAGGAUAUGGAUCCUGGUCGAUAUGGUUCCGUACAGGGGUUCUCAAACCGGGUCAAGAACAGACCAAUCAAAACACAAAAGCAGUAGGGUUUGACUUGGUAAAAAGUUAGAUUUGAUUUCUAACUGUAUUUGAACUAAAUGUGCACUCUUAACCCUUGUGCUGCCUUCGGGUCACAUAACCCAAAGGUUCAUAACGAACCAUCGUUGUUUUUACCCAAUACAAAAACAAAGAAAAAUAAUUUUAUUUUAACCUUCGCAAUGUGGGCGGUCUGAGACAGCCCAACGGUUAAAAGAAAAUGCUUCACUUUGUUUUUGUAGGCGGUAAAGUUGUCACAAUACGACGGUGGGUCACAAUGACUGAUGGGUCAGAAUGACCCGAAGAUAACACAAGGGUUAAAGUAGUGCAGUGUGCUUAUGGCCAGGCAAAGCAGACUAUAUUUAAUAUGUUUGUUUUUUGUUUUUCUUAGAGGUGCAUUAGUACUCCGUCUCUGCUUUUACAUCUCUCUCACCCAAGUGAAUGUGCGCGGUAUCGCUGCGUUUAACAUAACAUUAUUAAGUCGGGAGAGGUAUGCAGCUGACAUUUAGUUGCACAAUGUUGAGUUAACGUUGAUGUAACAACUUUAUAUUCAUCAUUUGCUACAUAGCUUUAUGUGGCCUGGCUCGUUAUCACAAACAAAAUGUGGCAAGCAACUGAAACUAACGCCCUUAAACAUACAGUAUAGGCCUGUUACAUAGUUAAUACUCGCUAAAUCUCUUUGUGCAAAGGGGUUCGAUUUCUGAAUAGUUUUGGUACAGAAACAGAUUGCAAACGUUAGGUAAGUAGCUAGCUUUGCUAGGGACUUGCGCCUUAAUUGCCUCCCUUUUUUUUGUUUUCUUUAUAAAUGUCGGUAAAGGUUUGAGGUAGGCCUAGUCCCAGCCGUCUCAGUGAGCAUCUCUUUGCAGAAUGUACACACGGCAGUGUUUUUUCUAUUGGAUGUUAUUGUAAACUCUUUGUGGUUCAGGUAACCAAAUCUAAUUAUAGCUAAUUUGGCCGACAUCUGCAGACAGCCACUGUUUCACCUCUUUAUCAUCUUCCUCAUUCACAUAAAUUAAACAAUGCACAGGCAAUUUAGUGAUAUUCCCGCAGUUGUGGUCUUGACCCUUGUCUGAACUAAAAGCUCAGAGACCGAGAAGACCUUCAAAACACCGGUCUUGAGUAGGCUACUACAAUACUGGUGCAAAUGGUGCCCAUCUGUAGAUUCUUAUAUAUUUUUUCACCUUUUAAUGAUACAGCACAAUUGUACUUUUUUUAAAUUUAAUUUAUGGCAAAUUAUUCCACGGACCCCCUGGCUAUGGUUCACUGUCUGAGGGACCCCACUUUGAGAACCACUGCCCUACAGGCCUUUAAAAGAUUACUGUAAAUGUAUUUUGAGAUCAAAUAUUUAUAAUUUGAUAAUAGGAAGAAGUAGAUAAUCAACCUAAAUCCUGAAUUCAACAGAAUCAUCCACAAGGUUUGAAACAUUGUCUCCAGGUAUUUAACCCUGGUGUGUGAAGUUAGUUAUGUGAAUUCAUGUGUAUUGUCCCUUCUUUAAUAAAAUAAACACAUGUUACCACAUACUGUAACUAUGGUUUGUUUCAUCAGAUCAUUUUCAUGUAUGUAUUAAAAUCAUAAGGUCACUCGUGUGCCAAGAGAGGGUUAUUCACUCAACCUUGAUUUGUGUACGUAAGUGCUCAAUAAUUCUCUUGAUUUUGUUUUGCUCUGUGUGUCUAAAACUGAAAUACUUUGUGUCAAUAUGUUAAACUUAAUGUAUAUGAAGUGCAUAAAACCCAUAAUCUAAUAUAUGAUACAAUCUUUCAUUGUAUUGUUAUGUAUGUAUUAAGUAUGAUGGGCACUAUGAAUAAAUGUAGCAUUAAGGUAACGUAUAAUUUUUCUUUCUGAAGACUUUCUUUUAAAGUAUCAGAUUCUGAAUACAAUAUGUUAACAAUGUGGGGUACAUGGGGUACAUAAAAAGAAUUAUGCUUUAAGUUUUUAUUUUCUUAUUGUGUAACAUCUCAUCUAUAAUUUUGUGGGGGUUUCAUCUUUUUUUUCCUCCAACAUAUAUAUCUAUGCCUACCUCCUUGAUUGCUCUUUAAAUGGAUAUUGCUAGACAUUAAAAUAUACAAUAUACA